AUGUCGGGUUUACAGAAUAAGGAUAUCACCGAAUCUCAAAAAGAACAAGAUGAAAAUGUUCCCGAGGAAGAAAAAGAAAAAUUAAUAAAUAUUGAUUAUAAGACGACUAUUUCUUUGACAAAUCGAAUUAAUAAUACGAUAGCUCUGGUACAACGCGUUGAAUCUGUAAAGCAAGAUUAUGAUCAAAAGCAAGCUGGUAAUCAGAUACUUCAAACGUAUAUCAAUAAUCUAAUGACUUCGAACGUGUUAUCUUCUGCUGGUGCUGGCGCCGUUUCUGGUGGAAUCGGCAAAAAGGAUGGUUAA